UUGAUAUUUUGUUUCUUUCUUUUCAACUUGUACAUCAUUUACUAAUUUAUCAUAUGAUUAAAAAUCAUCUCUUAAGGCAAUUUUCAAAUUUAGAAGAAUAAAAAGGAGGCAAACAUGAAUGGAAAAGCCUCCGUCUCCAAAGAACUCAAUGCCAAACAUAUCAAGAAAUUGGAAGGCCUUCUCAAGCUGCCAGAGAAUAAAGGAUGUGCUGAUUGUCAGAGCAAGGCACCACGAUGGGCAAGCGUUAACCUUGGAAUAUUUAUAUGCAUGCAAUGCUCUGGAAUUCAUCGAAGUCUUGGAGUACAUAUUUCACAGGUGCGAUCCACUACACUAGAUACUUGGUUACCUGAGCAAGUUACAUUUAUGCAAUCUUUGGGUAAUGAGAAGUCUAAUAGAUACUGGGAAGCAGAAUUACCCCCCAAUUAUGAUAGAUCCCGAAUUGAGUCAUUUAUACGUACCAAAUAUGAAGAGAAAAGAUGGGUUUCAAAAGGAGAAACAAACACAAAUAAGAGUAAAAAAACAAAGAGUAGUAUACCACAACAUGUUCGAAGUCAUUCUCUAGAUGAGAGUAGUUUUGCAAAGUUCAUUCAACAAUGUGCUCCUCACCCUACAAGACCGCGCGGGGUUUCCUUAGAUAUGAAAAAUCAUAAAACUAAUUUAAUUCCUCCGAAAGGAGAAUAUGAGACAUCUAUGAAGACAAGCAAUGGUUCUGAAGAUGUUUAUAAUCAAUUUAGCCAACAAGACGACGACCCUAACCUACUCCCCGCUCGUUGGGCAACUUUUGAUUAAAAAAUGUAUGUUAUGAUGAUGGGGCCAAGAACCAAGUAAUCUACAUUAAGCUUCAAGAAUCAAUCUGAAGUAUUCCAAGGAAAAUUACAAGUUUGUAUAUUAAACUAUGUACAUAAAUCUUUGCAAAGAUUGUACUUCUUAAUUUUAAUCGUAGGCAUGUAAUCUUUUCUUAGGUAUACAACAUAUAACAAUAUAAAAAGUAUUUAUUCAAAAUUCUUAGAUGUCAUACAACAUUUUCAAUGUCAAAAAAAUAUAAAAACAAAAGGUAACGAAUAAU